GCUCAUCAAUCCAACACACAAACAUCCAUAUCAUUCCAUCCCAUCAGUAAACAUGCAGUUCACCACCUCCUUCAUCGUCGCCGCUUUCCUCGGCACUGCCUUUGCCAUGCCACAGGCCGCACCAGUUGACUGCCCCGAGACGUCAGCCAUUCCCACCUGCGGUGCCCCUUGUAUCACCUCUGCAGCUGCAGCUGCUGGAUGCACCGACAUUGCUUGCCAGUGUGCUAGCUCUGAAGUGAUUCAGGCUUCAGCUCUUGGCUGUGUUGUCGGUAACUGUGGAAUUCCCGUGGCUCUAUCAGUGCAAGCUGCCGCCGCUGCCGUCUGCACUGCCUGUGCUUAGAUGUGGUAUAUUUAUUGGGACAUAUAAGUGACAUUAUAUACCUGAAUACAAGCUAUAUUAGUUGCGUG